AGCAUGUUCAGUAUCAAACCCAAAGUCAACGUCUAGCCAAUGGGUGUUGUGGGAAAGAUUUGGGAUGUGGUAUCCUGCCAACGACGUAGAGUGCCUCCUGCCAAUGCUGAAAAAUCUGAGGGCGCUAAAGUUUCAACUGAGACAGAAGGCCAGACAGGCCAAUCAAAAGAAGAAGCGCAAGCUGCUGCCAAAGCCAUGAAAGAAAAGGGAAAUGAACUUUUUAAGAAGAAUGAGUUUGAAGAAGCGCUGUAUAUUUACACAAAAGCUGCAGAAAUCUACAAUUUCGAUGCGAGCAUUUGGUUGAAUCGAUCAAUUUGCAACAGGAAGCUUGAAAACUGGGAAGAUGCUGCGACGGAUGCAGAGAUCGCGCAAGAGAUUGAUCCACGCAAUGUCAAGGCAUAUUACAACAGAGCUAUUGCGUUGCAGCUUGGAAGUAAGGCGGAAGAGGCCUUGGAAAUUUGCAAGAAAGGCCUGCAAGUGCAGGCGGAUAACAAGGCCCUCCAGCAGCUCAGAAGUGAUUUGCAAAGGACCAUUGCAGAGGCCCAAGCAUGUCCUGGACAGAUGGCUCCAACAACUACAGCAGCGAAAGCAGAGAUGUCUUUGGAAGAGGCAAAGACCGAGGUCAAAGAGCCUGUAUAUUCAAAAGACGGUCAAUAUCAGUGGCAAAAGGGGAAGCCCAGCGAAAGAGAGAGGGAGGAAACCAAAAAAAUGAUGACGGAGAUGUUCAGAUCAAAGUACGAAGAACUAAAGCAGCGCUCUGAAGCCGCAAAGUCAAAGCGAUCCACAUUGCAGACAGAUCAGUAUGAGGACAGUCAAAAGCAAGGGCUUGUGCUCUCUGGUGGUCACAGACCGCUGGAUAGACCGGAGAACGUGGAUUUGCCGCCCGAGUAUCACCAUCCAGUUGGGCUGCUGUCUCCUACACAAUUGGAGGAGUAUGGCUGCGACAACAGAGACCGGAGAUACUUGCUCUCCGUCUACGGCUACAUUUUUGAUGUCUCAGACCGUCCUGACAAGUACGACCCAAACGGUCCGUAUGCAAGUCUGACGGGGAAGGAUCUUACCUGGGGAUUAUUUGCUGGUGUCGACACUGUAGAAUAUACAAACAAGUUCUACGAUCUCUUCAAGGCACGAGACCUUGGAAAGGACAAGAUGACCGGUGUUUGCAGUUGGCUUGCUUGGUACGAAACAGAGUAUGGAAAGCCGGUUGGCAAAUUGGAGCCAUGGCAGCGUGAGUCUGAACUGCCUGCCCCCCCACUGGCAGAGAUCGAAGAGAUGUGCGUGGUCAUGUGAGCCCAAAAACCGAUGCUGCAGGAGUUUUUCAGCAGCAAUUCUGCCUGUGGCCUUUUCAAUUUCCAUGAGUUCAAAGGAAGGACCUGCGACGACUCUAGUCAACACAGAAUGUGUUUGCCCAUGUACAAAGAUGCAGAGAUUCCUGAGAUUCCUAGCCAGUCUAGCCAGUUUGCCAUCCUCAACUGGUAUGGCCAACAUGGCCAUUUGCUCCAGACUCUGGCGUGCAGAGCGAGGCUUGGUACUUGCAAAAUUCACUGCAGCUUUUCUCCUGCUGUGUUACAAGUUGCAGGUCCAGAAGGAGAGUUGUCAAAGGGACACAAGGGUAUGCGCGUUGGUCUGACUAGGUGGUGUUUUC